AUGCCGCGCCCAAAGGCGCGCAAGUUCUACGCCGUGCGCGUGGGCCGCAUACCAGGGCUAUACCAUGACUGGGAAUCUGCCCAGAAGCAGAUCAACGGCUUCCCCGGCGCUUUGCACCGCGCGUUCAAGUCCGAAACAGAAGCCAACGCUUACUUGAACCCGAGACCGCGACCCAAAAGUGCCGUUAUCGACCUGAGCGUUGAGUCAGAUGGGAAGAGUGUUAUCGACCUCACAUCCCCGGGCAAGGCGAGCAAGUCGCCUUCCCCUCGGGUGGCAAACGAGUCACCUCCGUCUCGGAUGGCACAACUCGCUCACGAGUAUCGCGAAUACAUUGAUCAUCCAGUCGCGUCCUCUCCCGAAACGUUCCCCAUGUUAGAAGAACAGCCCAGCCUCGACCCUCCAUUGUCUGAGCAGCAACAUGAUGUCUUGAAACGCUGCAUGGCUGGCGACAACAUAUUCUUCACUGGUUCAGCCGGGACCGGCAAGUCGGUCCUCCUGCGCGCCCUGAUUCGGAGUCUCAAGGCGCGAGGAAGCGGAGACGUCGCCAUCACGGCUAGUACCGGCAUGGCCGCUCUCAACAUUGGGGGGUGUACACUGCACUCAUGGGCUGGUAUUGGGCUGGGCGCGGGGGAGGUCGACCGCCUACUCAGGUUCAUGAACAACUUUGCGCGCAAGCGGUGGUACCGGACCGUUACACUACUUGUCGACGAGGUCUCCAUGCUGCACGGGGAACUGCUUGACAAGCUCGACAAAAUUGGACGCCACUACCGAGACCCUGGGAAACCGUUUGGCGGGAUCCAGAUCAUCUUCUGCGGCGAUUUCCUGCAGUUGCCGCCCGUGAGCAAAGGAGGACCCGUGUCGUACGCGUUCGACUCGAACGUCUGGGAGGAGCUGUUCCCACGAACCAACAUGAUCACUCUCAACAGCGUGUUCCGGCAAAGUGACUCGCGGUUCGUUGACUGUCUCGAGAGUAUGCGCCGCGGCGUCGUGUCUGAAGCACACGACGGCCUACUGAGGUCGCUCAACCGUCCUCUCGAAGACUCGGAUGGCAUCAGAGCCGUCCUUCUGUACUCGCGGCGAAUGGAUGUCGACCGCGAGAACAUGAAGAACCUCGACGCUAUCAGGUCGAAGCUUGAAAUAUACGAAGCGGUGGAUCGCGCACACGAGACAGAGGGAGGACGGAAAAUACGUCAGCACGAGGCAACAGACUUGUUGAACGACCGCUCGCGCUGGCCGCAGAGCCUCCUCCUCAAGAUCGACGCACAGGUCAUGUUGGUCACCAAUUGGAAGCCAGGGCUGGUCAAUGGGUCGACUGGCAUCGUCACUGCGUUCUUGACGCCGGACGAGGCUCGGAAGGCUAACGUCAUCGUUCCGUCGGAAUUUGAGGACAUCCACCGAGACCGCCAAUGGCCUGUGGUCCGGUUCAAGCCCCAUCGCCACUCUGAGCCCUGGCCUGACAUCCUGGUACCGCAGAUGACCGUGACCGUCGAGAACGCGAACCAGGAAGUUGAGGCGUCGCGCGAGCAGGUCCCCCUCAUUCUUGCAUGGGCAAUCACGAUCCACAAGUCGCAGGGCCUGACACUGGACAAAGUCUGCGUCGACCUCGGCGGUGCCUUUGACUGCGGACAGGCUUAUGUCGCGGUGUCGCGCGCAACGAGCCUCGACGGCCUUGAGGUGCGGCAGUAUACACGGAGCAAAAUCAUGACGAGCCAGCGCGUCCUGGACUGGACGCAGGAGAUGGCCGAAGACGAGAAAUGGGACGAAUUGGUGAUGAGCUCGCAGGCCGUGCUCGACUGCUAG